AUGGGGCAUCAGUUUUUGUUAGUUGCCACUGACUAUUUCACCAAAUGGACUGAAGCCGUUGCUCUAAAGAACAUGACGCACAAGGAGGUAAUUGAGUUCAUAACUGAGCAUAUUAUUCAUAGAUUCGGCAUUCCCCAGACCUUGACUACAGAUCAAGGUACUUCUUUUAUGUCAAAGGAGGUGCGUGAAUUUGCUGAAUUAUACAGAAUUAAGCUGCUUAAUUCAUCUCCAUAUUAUGCUCAGGCCAAUGGACAGGCCGAGUCUAGUAAUAGGACAUUGAUUAAUUUGAUAAAAAAGAAGAUAUCUGAUAAUCCUAAACGUUGGCAUAAGAUUUUGUCUGAAGCUUUAUGGGCUCAUAGAAUAUCUAAACAUAGGGCUACUAAAGUAUCUCCUUUUGAGCUUGUCUAUGGGCAGGAAGCAGUGUUGCCUGUGGAAAUAAGUUUGAAUGCUGUCAGGUUCGCCAGACAAAAUGAUCUAACUGCUACUGAUUAUUAUAAUUCAAUGAUGGAUAAUAUUGAUGAGGUGACCGACAAGAGGAUGAUAGCUAUGGGAGCAAUAGAAAAGGACAAGACCAUGGUAGCCAGGGCCUACAACAAGAAGGUCAAAGCAAAAUCAUUUCAAGUAGGGGACCUGGUGUGGAAGACCAUUCUGCCUCUAAGGAAUAAAGACCGGAAGUUCGGGAAAUGGUCGCCAAGCUCGGAGGGUCCUUAUAAAGUAAAACAAGUGUUGUCUGGCAACGCCUAUUUGCUACAAACAUUACAAGGCAAGGAUUUGCCUAAGGCUUUGAAUGGG